UCGCAGUUUCAGCGAGGCUAGUUGAACGGAAGAGGACACCGGUGGAGGACAUUACAUGUAACUGCAAAUCAAUAAACUCACGUUGUCCAAAAGAGUUUGUCAUCAGCUAAUCGGAAAUGUUUUCUCUUUCUACUUCCCUACAGCCACAGGUAACAGUCCAGCUGAGUCACCUCAUCAACGCUCUGCACUCUCUGACGGGUUCAGUGUGCAGCAACACUUCAUUCAAGCACAAACACAGAGAGAACAGCCCAGAACAAGAGCUGAACAGCACAGAGCCGUCACUGACGCUCAGGGAUUUAGGUCUGACAGAUCUAGGAGUCGGUCAGCUAGACGAGCUGGUGGAGAAGCUCCUGCCCCGUGUUUCUCAGCAGGACUCGCCAUCACAGCUGAGGAGCGAGACAAACAUCUGGAGGACUUCCCAUCUCUCCUCAGAUUCUUUCUUUCACAACAAACAUGGGUUUUCCAGAAUGGGUGGUGUUACUCCUGUCUUUUCCAGGCAAAACAAGUCACCUCUCCAAACACUAUGUACAGAUCUCCAAUAUUUGCCAUUGUUGGUCCAAAAUCGAGGCUUUAAAACUCUGAAGUCCAAAACACGGCGUCUACAGGGAGGCUUAGAUGGUUCAGCGGAGCCGGAGGGAUUUACACCAUCGUUUAUGAAGGGUUUCCUCACACGAGACAAAGGGCCAGAUGUUGAAACUCUGGACAAGCUCCUUAAAAACAAAAAUAUCCCAGAUGGGCAACAUGAUGUUUUUAAGACUGGUUUUGCUGAGGGCUUCCUUAAAGCUCAGGCCCUAACACAGAGAACACAAGAGUCACUAAGGAGGAUGCGACUGAUACUAUUGGUGCUUUUGGUGUUGGGCUUGUAUGGACUCUCAAAAACACCUUUCUUAUCAGUGCGAUUCCGAACCACAUCAGGCCUGGACUCCGCUGUGGACCCUGUCCAGAUGAAGAACGUCACCUUCGAGCAUGUGAAGGGUGCGGAGGAGGCCAAGAACGAGCUGCAGGAGGUGGUGGAGUUUCUCCGCAACCCUCAGAAGUUCACCGUUUUGGGAGGAAAGCUGCCUAAAGGAAUCUUGUUGGUCGGGCCGCCAGGCACAGGAAAGACCCUGUUGGCCCGUGCCGUAGCUGGCGAGGCAGAUGUGCCAUUCUACUACGCAUCUGGCUCCGAGUUUGAUGAGAUGUUUGUUGGGGUUGGUGCCAGUCGUAUCAGAAACCUCUUCAGGGAAGCUAAAGCUAACGCUCCUUGCGUUAUCUUCAUUGAUGAGUUGGAUAGUGUUGGAGGAAAGAGGAUUGAGUCUCCCAUGCACCCCUAUUCUAGACAGACAAUCAAUCAGCUUCUAGCAGAGAUGGAUGGGUUUAAGCCAAAUGAAGGCGUCAUCAUAAUCGGAGCAACAAACUUCCCUGAAGCUUUGGAUACUGCUCUGAUCCGGCCGGGCCGUUUCGAUAUGCAGGUCACCGUCCCCAGACCAGAUGUGAAGGGCCGCACUGAGAUCCUCAAGUGGUACCUUAAAAAAAUUAAAGUAGACUCUGCUGUGGAGGCAGAGGUCAUUGCUAGAGGAACGGUGGGGUUCUCCGGUGCCGAGCUGGAGAAUCUUGUAAAUCAAGCUGCACUCCGGGCCGCUGUGGACGGGAAGGACAUGGUGACCAUGAAGGAGCUGGAGUUUGCUAAGGACAAAAUCCUGAUGGGCCCCGAACGCAAGAGUGCAGAGAUCGAUCAGAGGAAUAAAGAAAUUACAGCGUACCACGAGUCAGGACAUGCUAUUAUUGCAUACUACACCAAAGGUGCCAUGCCCAUAAAUAAAGCCACCAUUAUGCCGAGAGGCCCCACUUUGGGUCACGUGUCCAUGCUUCCAGAGAGUGACCGCUGGAGUGAAACUCGUGCGCAGCUUCUGGCUCAGAUGGACGUCAGCAUGGGCGGCCGAGUGGCCGAGGAGCUCAUUUUCGGCAGUGAAAAUAUCACUACUGGAGCAUCAAGUGAUUUUGACAGCGCUACAAAAAUAGCAAAAAUGAUGGUGACCAGAUUUGGAAUGAGUGAAAAGUUGGGUGUCAUGACAUACGCUGACCUCACCAAGCAGAGCCCAGAAACGCAGGCCGCCAUUGAACAGGAAGUCAGGAUACUUCUGAGGGAUUCCUACGAGCGAGCUAAAGUGCUUUUAAAGUCCCGCGCUAAAGAGCACAGAAAUCUGGCCGAGGCUUUACUGCGGUAUGAGACGUUGGAUGCCAAAGAGAUCCGGUUGGUCUUGGAGGGAAAGGCAUUAGACCCUCACGGCAGAUGAAGGUCACCGGGACCGUCGGGCAACGGGGGAACGGACAAUGGAACCCUAAAAGACAUAAAUGUACAUAUGCAACCAAGAGCUUGGUAGGCCUACUCUCCCCAUUGCUAAAAUUGUAUUGUUUUUUUU